AUGGCCAAGCCCACCACCUCGACCCGCAAGCCCUCGCGCGGCCCGAGCCCGCCGCUGCGCCUGUACCUCACGGCGUACAACCUCGUCUCGGCGGGCCUGUGGGGCUACGUCCUGCUGCGCGCCGCCGAGCACAUGCUCGGUGGGGACGGGUACACGGGACUCAAGGAGUGGGCAGGGUGGCAGUCGACCGGCGAGACGCUCGUCAAGCGCGCGAGCGGCACCUACGAUGCAGUUGGCCAGACGGUCAAGUGGGUCCAGACGGCUGCCCUCCUCGAGGCUGUCCACUCGGCGAUCGGGCUCGUCCGGUCGCCUCUCGGUACCACGGUCGCCCAGAUCACGUCCCGCCUCAUGCUCACUUGGGGCGUCGGCGAGCUCUUCCCCGAGGUCGCCCGCUCGCCCGUCUACCUGUCGAUGAUCACCGCCUGGUCGUUCGCCGAGAUCAUCCGCUACUCGCACUACGUCGCCGGCCUCGCCGGCGUCAAGAUUAACGCGCUCGAGUGGCUCCGCUACACGGCGUUCUACGUCCUGUACCCGGUCGGCGCCGGCUCGGAGGCCGUCCUCCUCAUCAAGUCGGCCGCACCCGCCAAGGCGGCGUACGGCGCACUCGCCGGCGCCUGGGCCUACUUUGUCGUCUGCGCUUGGCCUCCCAGCCUCGCCUUCAUGAUGAAGUACAUGCAUUCGCAGCGCCGCAAGCACGUCGGCGGCGCGUCGUCGUCGUCGUCAUCGUCGGGCGCCUCCUCGUCGUCGGCCCGCAGCGCCGCCAACGCCGUCACGACGCCCGUCAAGGCCGCCGUCAAGGACAUCACGAGCGCCGUCAGCGAGGCCAACGUGCUCGACGCGACGGCGACCGAGACGCCCGCCAGGAGCACGCGCAGCCGCGCAAAGAAGCAGUGAGCGCGCCGGGCGCGCUGUUUGGUGGCGGCUCGAGCGGGCGGGACGGGACGGGAGCGGCGGUUGGACGGCACGCUCGAGGUAGGAGGGCAGGUGGUACAGAUACCCGGGUUUCUACACGCGCGAGACCAGGAGGGAUGGUCUCCUUUCCUCCCCCUCGUCGCCCUCGUCCAAAUUUCGACUUUCUCGC